AUGACUGGAAGACACUCACGGGAUCAUUCCCGCGAGCACUCUCGCUCUCAGAACCGCCGAAAUUCUACUCGUCAAAACUCCACUCGUCGAGAGUCCCGCGAUAGAUACGCUGCGGUUGAUACAGAGGAUUCGGGGGCAGAAGUAUCACCUCAGCCUCGCCGAAGUUCUCGUUCUCACGGUCGUCAUAAUUCGUCACAUAGACACUCCCGAUCCGGGGGAGUGGCAGGAGAAGACGUAAGGCGAUCCAGAACCUUAGAGAAGUCACAAAGGAGACCCAGACCCCCCACCGAUGGUGUUAUUCCAUUAAGUGAAGAAAGCCUUGCGGCUUUUAAUAAAGAGGAAGAGCAUAGACGCAACCGUCAUUUAAGCCGAGAGGAGAAAAGGGAGAGGAAGGCAAUGGGACAAACAAAAGAACAAAGAAAGAGGAGACGUUGUUGCAUUUUGUGCCUCGUUGCCUUCAUUAUCCUACUCAUCAUUAUUCUUGUCCCCAUUGGCGUAUUAGUGAUUGGGAAGAACGAUGGCUCGCCUGCCAAUGGAGGAAAUAAGAGCUCAGAUGGAAGUGGCGGCGGCACUGGUGAUGGAUUAGGAGGCUCGCCAGAUGUCAAUCCAAAUACAAUCCCGACCGCUGCUAAAGGAAGCUACUUGGAUCCAUUCACUUGGUUCGAUACGCGAGACUUCAACACUACCUACACUGGCGAAACAGUUGGAGGUCUUUCAGUCAUGGGCCUUUUCUCGAAGUGGGAUGAUAGCGCCCAACCAAACCCGAAUGUUCCACCACUUAACGAAAAGUUUGAGUACGGCAAGGUCCCCAUGCGUGGUGUAAAUGUUGGAGGAUGGCUUCUACUUGAACCGUUUAUCACGCCAUCGUUUUUCAAGAAAUAUGACCUCAACUUAGGUGUGGUUGAUGAAUAUACUCUUUCAGCACACCUAGGCGCUAAGGCUACGGCACAAACUCUUGAAAAACACUACGCUACAUUUGUUACCGAACAGACUUUCAAAGAAAUCGCGGAGGCUGGAUUGGACCACGUCCGAAUUCCUUACCCUUAUUGGAUUGUUACUCCUGAAGCAAACGACCCAUACCUCCCAAGAGUCGGCUGGAGAUAUUUACUUCGGGGUAUUGAAUGGGCUCGGAAAUACGGGUUGAGAAUCAAACUCGAUCUUCACAGUAUUCAAGGGGGGCAAAACGGUUGGAAUCACAGUGGUCGUCAAGGUAUUCUUGGAUGGGUUAAUGGGACUUCCGGGGAAGUAAAUGCUCAGAAGAGCUUGGACAUGCACGAUCAGCUCUCGAAAUUCUUCGCCCAACCUCGAUACAGGAACAUUGUUACACUCUACGGCUUGGUCAACGAACCUAGGAUGACAGCUUUGCCACUAAACGAAGUUCUUAAUUGGACUGCGAAUGCGUAUGAUAUUAUUCGUGGAAACGGUCUGAACGCUAAGAUUGUCUUUGGCGAUGGUUUCCUAGGCCUCGAAAAUUGGAAAGGAAGAUUGCCCGGCCUCGAAGGGCUUGUUUUGGAUGUGCAUCAAUAUGUGAUCUUUAAUAUUGGUCAAAUCGCGCAGACCCACACCGGAAAGAUCCAGUUCGCCUGUUCGGGCUGGGGCGCGGCGAUGUCACAGAGCAAUGACCCAACGACUGGAUUUGGACCCACUAUGGUCGGAGAGUUUGGACAAGCUGAUACUGAUUGUGUGCCGUAUCUGAACAAUGUUGGUACAGGAUCGAGAUGGGAGGGAGACCUCAUUUUCCCGGAUCCCAGCUCGAGUGUGACCACACCCAGUUGCCAUACUGGUGCCAACUGCUCAUGUACUAUUCCCAACUCCGACCCGAGUAAGUGGUCAGAUCUUUAUAAGCAAUUUUUACUCAUGUUCGCUUCAGCCCAAAUGGAGUCGUUUGAACUUGCUUGGGGUUGGAUGUACUGGACCUGGGAUACCGAGGAUGCCUACCAAUGGUCAUACAAGAAGGGUAUCGCAGCCGGCACCUUACCUAAGAUUGCAUACGAGAGGAACUUUACCUGUGAUGAUGCCAUUCCAGAUUUCCAGUUGCUGGGAUUAUCUGAAGGGUACUAA